AUGCCUGAAUCAGAAAAAAAAUCGACAUCAAGCUCCGGUAUCGACCAGUGUUCAAUAUGCGUGUCUAACAUAGAAGCGAAAGUGAAGUCGGUUUUCUCAUGGUUUUGUUUUCAUGAGUUUUGCUUCUCGUGCAUUAAAGAGUUGUCCAAAAAGGAUGCAGUUUGCCCGCUGUGCAAUCAAAAGUUCACUGAAAUUCUACAGAGCAUCCAGUCUAAUGCUGAGCCCGAUGCUCGCGGUAUAACAAGAAACAUUCGCAGAGCAAAGAGAAAACUUAACAAGAGUGAUCAUGGGAAAGCUUCAAUGAAUUCAAAAGAUACUAGCAAUGGUUCAAACGUUCAACAGUCUUCCCAAUCAUCAUUUCCAACGGCCACAACUAGUUUCACCAACAACUCCAUUAUAAGUGGACAGAGCGUUGUGCCAUAUUUGUCAUUAUCGUGGGCAACAUCUCCAUCGAACGAUUAUGGUUCAUGUGCAAACAACAAAAUAACUUAUUCCAGUUACGUUGAUGAAGGAAGCAGAAACUAA